CUGGCGGCAGAGGCUGCAGCUGGAGGCGGCGGCGGCGGCGCGCUAUGAGGGAGCGGCGCGGGCCGUAGCCAGGCCGGGCAGAGCCGGGUGCCCCGCGCCGCCGCCUCCUCCCUGCGGCAUGUGCAGCCAUGUCCCGGGCGGCCGCGGGCAGGGGGGGCGGCUGCAGUGGCUCGCCCUGGUCGCGCUGUUCGCGGCCGCCCUGGCCACGCUGGCCGUCUACCUGGUGCAGUACGUGCGCAUCGCCUGGCGGCGCCGAGCCGGCUCGCCGCGGCCCCCGCCGCCCGCGGACAGCGACCCGCUUCUGGCCUGGGUGCUGGCGCGGGGCAGCUGGAGGAGCCAGUGGCGGGGAGCCUGGACCAGCGCGCUCAACGCGGCCGCCAGAGCCCGAACGGAUUCAUUGCUGCUUACAUUUGAAGAGGAGACAACUCCUGAACCACUGGAGCUAGCAGUUAGAAGAGUCAUAAGCGUUGUAAAAUCAGUCCAAGAAAAGGUGAUUUCUUGUGAUGUAGUGGGAGAUUCUAUUCAAUUUUUUGUCAGCGUGUCUCAGAGUUCACACGCUACCACAGAAUGUCAGUUGUACAGUGUGAAACUGUCUCCACUUCAUUUGCAGCUGGAACUCUGCAUGAAAGAGAAAGGAGAAGACAUUGAAGUUGUGUGGUCUUUCAUUAAUGCUCCAGAAACGAAUAUUGAAAUCCACCCAAAAGCAGUGCAGGAGGGUCAGAUGCCUGGGACAUGUGCAAUAUCUGUUCUCAGAGAUAUUUUGGAGAAUCUGUUUAUUUCAGUUUCUCCAUCAGUAGUUUUGAGUACAAAGCCUACAGACAUAAAGGAGGUACAGAAUGUACAGAACGUAGGAACUCUUCCUCAGGGCACCAGUCCCCCUAAACCUCCAAGGGCUCAUGAACUGAAACUGCUAGUAAAGGAUAUCAUGGCUACCCUGAUGGAUCCCAGUGCUGCAGGCAGCCUGAACCUCAUAUGUGUAAGUCAGUUGAAUGAUCCUCCACAGAAAUUCUCCAGUUCUGUAACCAAAAAUGCCACAAACCUGUCUUGGAAGGAGGAGUUCAUCUUUGAAUUAAAUGCCAGAUCAAAAGAGUUACAAUUACAGAUCUUAGAAGAUGGAAAGUUGGACAGUACCUUUUCAGCAUGGGCAACAGUACCUUUAGACUUGUUCAAGAAGCAGCCUUCCGGACAGCAGAGCUUUACGCUGAACAGCAGACCCAGCUGUGGUAGCCCUGUGUUAGGAUCUGUCACGGCAGAGUUCUCCUACAUUGAACCCAGUGAGUUAAGGUCCUGGCAAGUUCCUGUUCAACUCCCUGCUACUAAGGUAGAGAAGGAUCGAACUGUGAUGCCCUGUGGCACUGUAGUCACUACUGUCACUGCUGUAAAAACCAAACCUCGUCUAGAAGGAAGAUCUUCUCCUCUAAGCUCAGAGUCUCCUGUGAAAACUCCUGUGAAGGUGAAGGUGAUUGAGAAGGAUUUUUCUAUUCAAGCAAUUAGCUGUCAUGGUGCUCCAGUCAGCAAAACUUUAUCAUCUUCAGAUACAGAGCUGCUGGUGUUGAAUGGCAGUGAUCCAGUUGCUGAAGCAGCCAUUCGACAGUUAAGUGAGUCUGCAAAGCAGAAACUGAAAUCACCUAGAAAGAAAAGCACCAUUAUUAUAUCAGGAGUGUCCAAGACCUCCUUAUCUCAGGACAGUGAAGCUGCGCUGAUGAUGGACUAUGCAGCAGCCAUGGAUGGCUCGUGUAAAGAAGACCCUUUCACUGUGGAGGACUCUACCACAGAAGUCCCCUCAGAUGAAAAGCUAUCGCUGACUGCUUCACAAAUACUACCUGCCACUGACCCACAGGAAAGUAACCAUAGCACCUGGGGCUUGGAUGAUGGCAGCCAGCUAUGGAACAGCGAUGCACUGUUAGACCAGAACUGUGAAGAGACGUCUGGGAGUUCAUUAAGCGUCUCUGAAUCAGGGAGUGUGAAAAAACCUAAAGGUGGAAUUCUGAAAAAAAGUGCAAAACUCUUUUUCCGCCGCCGACACCAUCAGAAGGAUCCAGGAAUGAGCCAAUCGCACAAUGAUCUUGUUUACUUACAGCAGCCAGUGUCUGAUGAAACACGAAAGAAGGGAGCAACGCUAACACGCAUCUUUAACAAGAAAAUUCUUUCUAAGAACAAAAGCAAAAGCAAACUGAAUGGCACCCAAGUGGAACCAUGUGUAUAAAACUUUAUGCUGUCUUAUGAUACUUGCACAUCAAAUGAUCAGUUGUUUACAAAACAGUGCUAGAAGAUGUAAACACAGGUAAUGACAUGCAUAAAAUGAUAUUUGCUAAGACAGUGGUCCAGGAAUAAAAAUGGCAAAGCUUGGCUUCUUGUUUCCCAAGACACCUCUAAUUUUUAAAGCCUUGUAGCAAAAUGUUUUCCCAGGUAGAAGUAGUACAGAUAACUUGUUGUUCACUUUCUGUUCCUGUUUGCUAAUAUCCAUAGAGUUUUGACUUGUGUGGAUGGGACAGGAAAGUGGUACAACUGGGAAGCUUUUAUUUAGGCUAAACAUCUAAUUUACAUUUAACUUCUAGCUAGAUACCAAGAAGUUAUAUUGAUUAGAUGACUGGAUCACUGUAAAAAUGUGACAUACCACUGUGGUUAAUGCUUCUUUAGUAAACACUGAAUAAUGGCAGCAUAGGUCUCAACUUGAGUGCCUACUUAGGCUGAAAGUGGAAGGAGAGAAACCCUGGUCCAAUCUGUAUUAAUUGGAAACAGGUAUGUUUCUGGAAGCGGAAAUAAAAUGCUGGUUAAGACCACCUUCCAUAAGAACUGCUAACUCAGUGUAGGUAGAGAGAGGCCUUUGAUAUUAGCCAUAAGUAAUUAAAUUAUGCAAAUACUUAUUUUGUGCAUAUAUUAUGCUAAAAAACUUUUUCUAAGUUUACUUUAAGCCUACUUGUAAACAGGAUAUUUAAAAACUUGUACUGUUCCUAUGUAUGUAUUUCUCCCGUUAUGCGAGAAGCUAUAUUGCCAAUGCAAAAACUUUCUUUGGGGACUCUACGCCCUUAUGUAAAGUACUUGUUAGACAAGUAUACUAGCAAUCAUAUCAAGAACAGCGCUAGGAGCAAUAAAUGCUGAAUAGAACGUGUUUAACCCAUGUACAUUUUUAAUAGCCCGUUUUCUUCACUUUUCAAAUACUAAAGCAUAAUCUAGGAAACACAUUUGAGGAGGUAUUUUGCUGCCCUUAGUUGUUCCGUGUUAUAAUUAUAGAUUUUUGUCUUAGUGCAAGGGUUUUUUUUAAUGAUAUUGUUUCUCUAAAAAAGGCAAAAGGGAAGUUUUAGCAUUCACUUAAAUUCAUUGAGGGGCACACCUUUUCUCAUGUAUGCCUACACACAUUUCUAAUGUGAUAUACAUUCCUUAUUAAGAGCAUAAGACUACAGGCAUAGCUGGCCAGUUCUGUACCCUGGGCAGCCAUGUGAUACCCAGAACAGUACUCUGGUCACAGCUUUUUUGUGUUCCCAUUCCCCAAACACACAGAGGCAACACCAAGACUGCUUCCCCAGUUGCUUCUUCCCCCCCAUCCCCCCGCCCUUAUUUAUGCUACUAUAUAAGACCAAAUCCCACUGUCUUUCUCAGGCAGAACUCUGACUUUAUCAAAAUUACUACUGGCUGAACUACUGCAAGUCCAUUUGGAAAAUUUGGCUAUUAAACAUAUGUGGGUGUGGGUAUGUGGGUGUAUGUGUGUGUCUGCACGUGCUCUGAGUGGAGGUGGAGCAGUAUUUUGGCGGAUGCUUUUAUGGGUAAGGACCAAAAUGAAAAUGAUUGAAAAAUUGAAUGAUCAGAUUUUAGCAUUUUUGUCCUAGGCUCUGAAUUGCUUAGAAAAUAUGUUUUUAAAGGGUAUAAAAUAAGGAGAAUCUUCAGCAAAAGCAUAAACUUUUCAAAGCAUGAACUGGGAUGGCUGAGAUGAUCUAGUUGGGGGAUGAUUGUGGUUUGAGCAUGGGGUUGAACUAGAUGACCUCCUGAGGUCCCUUCCAACCCUAAUUUUCUAUUAUUCUAACUGCCAAAAACUUUUAGCUGAGCUUAUAUAGUUCCUAAAUGUUUUGUAUGCCCAAGUGCUCCCAUAGUGCUAAGGAGGUAGACUACCUAAUGUGUACUUGUUUCAAAUACUUGAAGGCAUUUUGUAUGUCUUAUUUUUGAAGGUAACACUCUAGUGUUAGCUGCCUUUAAAGAAUUUUUUUACCUGAUGAAACAUUUUGAUCUGGUUUUACAUAUGUUUACAUAUGUUUGGGUUGGGGUUAUUUGCUUAGUUUGGUUUUUCUUUUUUUUUAAUUCCCCAUUUACAUUUAUGGGGCCAAUCUUCAGUCAUCAUUCAGGCAAGGUUUCUGUAAGCUUUAAUUGGAUUUGUGCCCAAUGAGAUCUGCCAGCACUGACUUUUUUUAACUACAGAAUUUACGUUCAACAUCAUUCCAGCCAACUCUUGUUAGCCUACCAAUUCAAAGACAAGAGUGGCUGAAGUGAUUGGGAUAUGGGGUGACUUCUGUCUGGGUCACUAGGAUUUCAUAUCCAGUCCACAUGAAUGAAUGAAAGAUGCCACCACCCAGAUUUUUUUUUAAAUUGAGGGUGGUUGUUGUCUUAACGAGCAGGGGUCUGCAUCAGAGAAGCUACCACUACCAAACUUGUUUGACUUGGUAAAGAAGCCAAAGAUUGUGGGAGCAGGGAUACCAAGAUGUUUUCUUACAUUUCUACGCAAUUCCUCCCAAACCCUUCUCCCUGCCUGCCAUCGCUUUAUCCCUGCUAGAUUAUGAUACAAUCUGUAGUAACUAUCUAAUGGAAGAGAAGAUUUCUGCCUCUGAUGUUGCAAGUUCAUUAGCCCUAUACUAUCUAUCCAAAGUUAUUUGGCUUUUUUAAAUAAAAAUAGCAUCUGGUACAGCAUCUUGCUGGCGAUCUUGUGGCUUUCACACUCAUGCUUUCCUGUGCGGUUUUUAAACAAUAUUUUUCUCUUUAUGUAUAUGUGAAAAUUCACAAGGGAAACAGUACAACAGGCUACAUAAAGUGCUAUCAAAUGUGUGCAAAGUCAAUAAAACUAGACUCUCCCAUAUGUAAUUUAAGGUGUCACUUGGAACGAUGUGACUGAGGGGUAGGGAUCACAUAAACAUGACCUUUUUGAGGUUAACUGUGUUUCUCUGUAAAGCUGAACUUUAGGAUAAGUGCUUAUGUAAACCGCUAUAUGCACCAUAGUGCUAGGAGAAAAUGAUUACAGGAUGUGCCUGGAUCCUGAUAAUACAGUACAAUUUACAGCUGAUUGCCCAACACUAUAAAUUAUCAUCUAAAUAUCAGGGUUGUAAAUGAAACUGUGAAUGGUAAUAGAAACCUCGUGUUUACUUUUUGAUAUUCACACAGACUUCAGUUGAACUAUUCAUGUGUUUAAGCACCUUGCUGAAUCAGCGCCUUAAUCAGAAAUUAACCCAGAUUAAGGUAAAGUAAUCUUGUUAUUCAAUUAAGGGUGAACAAUGUUGUUGUUUCCCUUAGGGUGAGCAGGCUGCUGAGCAUAAUGCAAAAAAUCAUCAGGAAUAUGUGAAACAGGUUAUUUUGCCAAUCUUGAAACUUAAAUAAACCUGUAGAAGAAGCAUAACCAUUUCUUGACUGUAGAAUAUGCUCUCAUACUCCAGAUGAGGAGGUGGGGAGAAAAGCAUUUAUUCUUAGCACUCAGCUGUGGUAGCUUUUUUUUUAUUUGUACACUGAAGUAACUUGGUGCAGUGAAGACAUCUGUACCACACCGAUUUAUUGGAAUAUCAAGACAAAGCAUGAAAAGAGAAAUUUUUAAAUAAAUAACUACUACUGUACAUUAAACACAAAUUGUCUCUGUGUACAGUGCUGUCAUGAAUGUCCUAACCAAUUUAAUCUGCAUAUCUACAUUAACAACAGGGCCUUGUGUUUACAUAGCCUCUUCCUAUGUGAUCUGGAGGGAGCACCUGGAGCUAGGUGCAGAACAAUAUGAAGCUGCUUUGAUCCAGUGGAUGGAAGCAAAUCAAGAGAGAAAGAAGCACUGUGCUGUAAACUUGGACUCGCGCUCGGACAACACACAUAUUUGUGAAACUUGUAACAAGCUGUGUCACUCUUGAACUGGGCUUUUCAGCCACAAGCGGAUUCAUCAGGCACCUGACUAGACCUCUUAAUACGUACUCCAUGAUUCAGAGGAUCAAUGGUUGCCUAUAUACCUAUUUAUGUAGCAGCACAUUCCUUCUUCUAGCUGUGCUUGAUGUUUUGGAUAGUUGUUAGAUCCCCUAUCCAUAGGGUGUCAAUAUGUCCUGGUUUGCCUGGGACAGUCCUGGAUUCCACAGACCCUCCAGUUGUACCAACCAGUGAGUGCAAAUUGAAGCAAAAGUCCAGGAUUGGUGCCACCCUGCCCACACCUGUCCAUCCCAGCUUCUGAGCAGCGGCUGGUGAAAGCGGACUGCCUGGGGUGAGGAUUGGCCCAGGGGAAGAGUCUAGGGCCAGGGCUCAGGCAGCUGUGUAAGGUGAGCCAAUAUGGCCACCUGCUGCCAGCAACCUCAUACCCUGCUACUGGGACCACUACCGAGGCAUGGGCUGCAUAUAGUGGACCUGGGUGGCUGCCAGAAGUGGGAGGGGAAGCUCUCUGUGUCCACAGGGCUUCAUGGUGUCCCAUCCCACCCUGCCAUCAGAGUUCCUGGGAGCUGCAAGGUUGUGCUUGUGUGUGUGUGUAUGCAUGUGCAAGGGGAGGGGCAUACUUAUGUGUGUAUGGGGGGGCAUGUGUAUAGGGGGGUGUGCCUUGAUGGGUCCUCAUGGUGCCCGGAUCACAGCAGUGUCAAUCGUUGCUGAGGAAUGGAGACCUCUGAGCUAUAGUUGGUGCCAGGGGGAGGAACCCCAUACUUACCGACUUGGCCCAGCCCAGCUGUCUGCUCCAGCUGCAGAUGUGGCUGGCAGAUGCUGGCUCUGGGCUCUGUGUGGGGCGGGGGGAGGGGAAGGGUUGCAGCAAGCUCAUGCUCACACUCCUGUUGCUGCUCUGGUGCCAGCCCCAGCUCAUCCAUGGAGAGAGGGUAGGGGUGUGCACAUGUGUGUCCAUCUCAGAUGUCCUUCAAAAUUGUAUGUACACCGUAACUAUCAAGGAAGGAUGCUUUGCUACUCCAAGGAGAAGCACUUGAAAAUUGUGUUAUUAGGGAACCUGUUCAGAAGACUAAAUUGAGGGACCAAUAAAUCUAAUAGUUGCGGAUUGCGUGACUUAUUCAGAUUUAGAAACAUGUCCAGUUGUUAAUGGACAAGUCACUGCAUCCUAAAAAAACAAUUCUCAAUACUUUAGGGAUCAGAAGGGGUCAUUAUUAGACAAAUAUGUCCAGAUGCAGUGAGUCUUAAUGAAGUGAAGUGAGCAGCUUACUUGGAGUGUGUUCAAGAUGGCAAUCCUGGGAUGUGUUCUGGGUGGGGGAAAGGGUAAAACUCAUUGGAGGAUUAGGGCCUCAGUGACUACUUCCAGAUAAACCUGCCAAACCCUAGCUAGUUUGAACAUAGAUUUCACAGAUAACUCAUAUAUUCUUCUUCCUCUUCCCUCAAGAUAAACAGAGCUUGUUUCUGAAAUCUGCAAAAAAGUUUAUAUCCCGCCACUGAAAAGGAGAGUACACUGACUUGUUGUACCUUACUGCCAAACUGUUUGUUUGUUUUAUGUUAUUAGCGCUCCAAACUUGAACUCCUGUCAACAGCAAAAAGAAAUAAAACAAGUAAAUUGUCUCCUUUC